AUGGCGGCGUCAACAUCAACACCAUACGAUAUACUUGGAGCAGCAAAAACUGAUAAAGAUUAUGCCUUACGUGUGGCAUAUCGUGCACGAAUUCAUGAAUACAAGAAUGAUCGACUUAAAACCCCUGAAAAUCGUAAAAUUAAACCGGAAAACUUUCGACUUAUUUGUCGAGCUUAUGAAACCUUAU